CCUUUUCUUUCCUCUCUUCUCACCGGUUUCAUUUGUGCCAAAGCCAUAGAGCUCUCCUCCCUCCUCUGCACACACCUUCCGGCGGCGCACCAGGCGGACUCGAGGACGGAGUGGGAGACGGGCGGCGACUCCGGGCGGUCGCGGGCGGCGACUCCCGGCGGCGCGGCGGCGACCUUCCCGGCGGCGAGGGCGGCGACUCUCCUGACGGCCCAGGCGGCAAGGACCUCGGGGGCAACGAGCAACAAAUCUGGGCAUUCCAUUCCUCUUCCAUUCCUCUUCAAAUCAAGAUGGACAGCAGAACAAGGUUUCUGAUUUAUGCGGCUGCAUCGUAUAUGUUGCUGCCAAUGAUGGCUAUGGUUAUUGAGUCUAGAAAAAAGAAAAGGAAAAGGGUUCCAAGGAGAGAAGGGAUUACCUAUGGGCCAAUAGAUGAAAGGGAUAGGAAAAGAUUUGAUUAUCUUAAUGACAAGAUUUGGAAAAAUGAUAUCAUCUGUGUGAAUAUGCUUUGGCUUAAACGAGCACCUUAUUUUCGUUUUUGUAGACUUUUUAGGGAUCGUGGCUUGCUUGUGGAUACUAUAUAUAUGUCUGUUGAAGAGCAAGUUGCUAUGUUCUUACAUACAAUCGGGCACAAUGUUAGAAACAAGGUAGUUGGCACUAAUUUUGAUAGGUCCGGUGAAACUGUUAGCCGAUAUUUCCACGUAGUCCUUCGUGCUAUUGGUGACAUGAGAAAGGAAUUAAUAAGGUCACCAUCAACAACGACUCCAUCAAAAAUUCUAGGGAACCCAAGGUGGGAUCCUUAUUUUAAGGUUGUCAAAUGAGUGACUCAAUAAUCUAGAAAAUUUAUAUCAUGAGAAAAAUGUGCCAUUCAUGUGAAUCGGAAGAUGCAACAAUGGAUGGGGUCGAUGAUGGCCUUAUCUGUAGUACUUCUUGCUAUAAUAUGUGUGGCCAUGCUGACAAAUCUUCAAUAAUUGAUGGUGAGAUUGGUUGUCCAAGCAUGGAAAUAAGCCCUUGCAACACUCCUUAUGGCACUCCUCUUUUUAGCCGAGAAAGUUCUUGUUCAAGCUUUGCCAGUUGCUUUUCAAGCCUCGAUGACUACCUAGUUGAAACUGACUCUGAAGAGGAAAUUGAGGUCUUAGAUACUGGCCAACUUCAUCCCGGCAUCUUAUUCUCUGAUGAAUCGAUGGAGCAAAGAACAGUGGGUUCUGUACAAGUGGAAGAAUGUCAAGUCAGUCAUGCUGCUGUUGUUGACGAUGAUUCUAGUAUUUCCAUUCCGACAAACCAGAACAUUUCAUCUGGUCAACAGCAGUUGGAGAUACAUCUUGAUGCUACCAAUGAAAAUUCUGUUCCAUCCAAUGUUAUUAUAGAUGCAAAUGUAACGGAUCCUCAUCAAGAUGUCAUUUCCAAUGGUGGACUUAUAGAAGCAUGUUAUGGUGUACCAUUGGAUGAUAUUGAUCUCAAACAAUCCAAUAUCUUAGAUGGUGAAGAGAUUACUAGCCUUCCUAUGGCUGACAAUGAAAUGACUCCACUGAAUGAUCAAAUUAUGGACCAAAUUGAUGAUAUGAAGGAAAUUAGUACUAUAGUUUACAACAAUACAAUAAGCGCUGAGCAGCAUGCAAAUUCAGGUUCAGAGUUUGAGAAAGGAAAUGAAUCCAGUGAAAACCUUUAUCCGCUAGUAAUGCCCAGUUUUGAUACAGACCCUCACAUUUGGUUACCACCAGACCCAGUCAAUAAGGACGAUGACACUGAUAUUGUUGCUAAUAACGAUGAUAAUAGUGACAACAAUGAUAGUUGGGUACAGUCAAGUUUCAAUAUUAGCUUUGAUGCAAAGAGAAACAAGACUAGUUGUGAAGACCAAUUGCAGAAAGCAAUGUCGGAAGUUAUGAAUGGGCAAUUCAAGAUUCUUGUUAGUCGUUUUUUAGCUGCUGAAGGGCUCUCUUUGUCUGAUGGAGAAGCUGACAAGAACUGGCUUGAUAUCGUUGCUUCACUAUCAUGGCAUGCUGCAUUACUUGUCAAGCCUGAUGCCAAUGUUGGAAAUGCAAUGGAUCCUUGUAUGUAUGUUAAGGUGAAAUGCAUAGCUUCAGGAUCUAUUGAGCAAAGUGAAGUCAUCAACGGCCUUGUUUUUAAGAAGAGCGCUGCUCAUAAGCAGAUGCGUGCCAACAUGAAGAAUCCUAGACUGUUACUUCUGCAGGGUGUUGUUGGCCAUUCUUCUGCAGGGCUAUUGUCAAUGGAUUCAAUGAAACAGGAAAACGAUCACUUGGAGAAAAUUCUCAGUGAUGUAAUUACCAAAUGCAAACCUGAUGCUAUAUUGGUGGAGAAAGCAGUCUCACGAAAUGUAAAUGAAUAUAUUCAUAAACAAGGAGUCACUGUAGUUAGUGACAUGAAUAUCCGUCGGCUGGAAAGAAUUGCUCGUUGCACUGGUUCUCCAAUUUUCUUGUUGCAGAAUGUUCUUGCAACACCCAACCUUAUUAAACAGUGCGAGUCUCUACAUUUUGAAAAGUUUAUUGAGGAGCAUAAUAUAACUGGAGGAGGAAAGAGAUCAGCCAAAACUUUGUUAUUUCUAGAAGGUUUUCGAAAGCCUUUGGGAUGCACGAUUUUGCUAAAAGGAUCAACAAGUGAAGAACUGAAGAAAGUUAAGCGUGUUCUUCAUUUCACUGUUUUUGCAGCUUAUCAUUUGAUCCUUGAAACUUCAUUCUUUGCUGAUCAAAGGUUAUUUGCAACGGGAAAAAAUGCCAUGGAGAAAGGCAACUGUUUGAAAACUGAUCCACAGCUGCUUGUUCCUUGUACUGCUGCUCCGUCCUCCAAAUUCUGUUCUGAUAUUGCACAAAAUAGCGACCCCACACAACAUGCUUUGAACAUUCUUGCUUCUGAUGGACAGUAUGUUAAUCAGGAUGAUUUUGUUAAUCCAGAGAAAUCCGUAUGCAUGCAUGAUUCCAAAAUUGAAACAUCUAGAGAGCACGCGGACAGAAAACUUGAUGACAGCAACAACAUUCAGUCAUAUUCAUCAUUGCCAGUUCCUGACCCCUCGAGAAAUCUUAUUGGCGAUAUGUCGUUAGAUUUUGCCAAAUUGGCAUCAUGUGAUGACUUUGCCGGUUCCACCUCUGGAGCUCCUUCAAACAAUGGGGUUCUGCAGACGUAUGGGGCGGAUGGCAAAGAUUGUCUAGAAACUAUUAGUGAUGGAAUAUCUACAGGGACUAGGACUUCUUUAGAUUCUCAGAACAUAUUGAUUUCGAUGUCUAGCCAACAUAUCAGAAACCAAGCAAUCUGUGAGCAGAGUCAUCUUUCCCGCAUAACUUACUACGGGUAUUUUGAUACAUCACUUGGUCGUUAUUUGCAAGAUAGUUUACUUAAUGAGAAACACAACUGCUUAUCUUGUGGUGAACCUCCAGAAGCUCACAUGUACUCUUACACUCACCACAAUGGCACUCUAACUGUUCUUGUGAAAAGCCUUCCCUUGGAUGUAACUCUUUCUGGUAAGGAUCAAGGAAGAAUUUGGAUGUGGACUAGGUGUUUGAGAUGCAAUGGUAAGCCCACCCAGAGGGUUAUAAUCUCUUCCUCUGCGCGUAAUCUGUCAUUUGGGAAGUUCUUGGAACUCAGUUUCUCAACACAUUCUGCUGCUAAGAAGCUAUCAACAUGUGGGCAUUUGCUGCAUAGGGACUGCCUACGCUUCUUUGGAAUGGGACCCAAAGUUGCUAUGUUCAGAUACUCAUCUGUUGAAAUAUAUUCUGCCUUUAAGCCACCAUUGACUUUGGAGUUUCAUAACCCAAACAAAAAAGAAUGCCGGGAAGUUGAAUUUAAUAAUGUACUUCGAAAAUGGAGGCUACUCUUAUCUGAAGCCGAAAAUAAAAUACAAAUCUUGAAAUCAGGAGGCUCUGGUCAAGCCUUGGGGGAAAACACCAAAGUUUCAGUACAUGAGGAAUUAUUUUUGGAAGUCAAUAGGAUACUUGCACAAGAAAAAUAUGAAUUUGGGGUUUAUCCGAAGACAUUUGACUUCCUUGUAAAAUCUGGGACUUGUGCUCACGAGAUCCUUGGGUUGAACUGGCUACACCAGCUACUUCUUCUUGGAAUUUACAUUUGGGAUGUCCGGUUGCAACAUAUUCUUCAAUACUGUAAAGCUAACGCUGCAUCUCCAGAUAGUACUAUCCAGAUAAAAACACCAGAGAACAAGCCAAAGAAUUCUGAAAUAACUUCUGUUCAUGGGGACACACUAUCUCUUACCAACGUUGGAAUGGAAAGGCAGGAAGCACGUAUCGAUACUUGUCAUUCUUUUGAUAGUUCAUUUGGCGGUAUGAUUUUGGAGAAUGAGCAGCUAACUGAGAAAUCAGUAAUCCAAGAGCCUGGGUCACAUGUUAGUCCAGAUCAUCGUGAAGAUGGUGGAUCAUAUGAAGUCGACAAAUAUGCACAUAUCUCUGACAGUUUUUGUUUAGAAAAGUUAAUUGACUUACCAGUUAAGAAUAAUGAAUUGCCAGAACUAGCCAGAGGUAAUGAAAUGUAUCCUGUUGCCAAGCCAAGCAAGUGUUUUGAUAUAUUCCUUAACCUAUUUGAUUUCUUAAGUAAUGAUGCCAGAAAAUGGGUCUGGGGUAGUUUUAGUCACCUGGAAAAGGAGUACAAGAAAGAGCUUCAGGGUGGUUCUUUGGACAAGUUUCAUCUCAUCAACAAAUACAUCCCCACCUUUUCAUCACUGGUUCAGCUUAAAUCCCAAAUGGACAUGGUACAGUUUAUUGUUGGCCCUGGUGGUAGUAUCUUGUCCAUUGUUGAGGAAGAGGCAUCUAGUAUGAUUGCUUAUGCACUAUUGAUAUCUGAGCAACAAGGAAUAUAUUCGGAAGCUGCAAUUGUAAAGGAUGAAGUUAUUGCUGGUAGAAAAAUUGAUAAAGUAACACCAAUCAACUCGAUCGGAGAUACUCCUGUGCCAUCUGCAAUUUUAUCUCCAAAUGAUUCUUUAGAACAAGAUCAUAACCUAUCAAGAAAUGUGUCAUCGUUAUCAUCCGAGGAAUCAACAUCUGGAUUUUAUGAUUCUUUUCUAUCUGCCUUAAAAGAUCUGCAUCCUGAAUUUUGUUUGAAUAAUGAAAAGCUAACUUUGAAGAGCAAAUACACUGUUCUGUGUAUAUAUGCAAAACAAUUCUACGAUCUUCGGAAGAUUUGUUGUCCAUCAGAGAUUGCCUAUAUUUCAUCUAUAAGCCGUUGUAAAGAAUGGAAUGCACAAGGUGGAAAGAGCAAGGCUUUUUUUUCGAAAUCAAUGGAUGACAGAUUUAUCAUCAAACAAAUUAAGAAGACUGAAUUUGACUCAUUCUUGAAGUUUGGCCUUGAGUACUUCAAGCAUUUUGGUGUAUCUCAGGCCUCAGUUAACCCCACUUGCCUUGCCAAAAUUCUGGGAAUAUAUCAGGUUAAGGAAAUCAGGAAUGGCAAGGAGGCAAGGACCAAUUUCAUGGUUAUGGAAAAUCUUUUGUUUGGACGUAAUAUAAUACGGAGAUAUGAUCUGAAGGGUGCUCUUUUCUCACGAUAUGUUCUUGACUCAAAAAAUCCUGAGAAUGUGCUAUUGGAUCAAAAUUUCAUUGAAGAUAUGCGUGCUAUGCCUAUCUACAUUGAAGGCAAAACCAAAAACCUCUUGGAGCGUGCUAUUUGGAAUGACACGGCGUUUCUAAGUCGCAUGAAUGUCAUGGAUUACUCCUUGUUUGUUGGAGUGGACAAACAGAAGAAGGAACUUGUGUUUGGAAUUAUAGAUUAUUUGAGGCAAUACACCUGGGACAAACAAUUGGAGUCUUGGGUGAAGACAUCACUUUUUGUUCCCAAGAACCUAUCUCCGACUGUAAUUUCCCCGAAGGAGUACAAGAUAAGAUUCAGGGCAUUCAUGUCUCAGUAUUUCCUAUCAGUUCCAGAUGCUUGAGUUGAUGAGUUCUGAGGCGUUGAACACACUCUGGCUUUUGGUGGCUGAACUUAUGUUGAGUAUGGUUUGGUUAAAUGCCUGUUUGGCAUACAGUAAAUCAUCUCAUGAGUUCAACUUUAAGUUUCAUUUUAUUCAUUUUUUCAAGUGUGGGUCUAUCACCAUCCAUACUGCUUCGCAGCUGCUGUACAUAGCAUUUAGGAUAUAGGUUCCCUGGGGGACCACAAAUUUUAAGCAAGGGAGCGGUGACUGGACCUACAUAUAACCAACAUGUUCCUUUUUUGAUGAGCAUUAAGGUGGAGUUCACCUUUUGGACAACUAGCUUGGAGUGUUAUAGAGAAUAUGGCAUUCAUGUAUUCAUUUGUGUUAUUAGGAGUAGGUUUCUGGAAUCAAAUACAUAUCUAAAUAUGUGUCAAUUAUAGCUUGUUGGUUAAGCAUCCAUAGUGGUAUGACGUGUUAUUGUCGUCCUAAAUUCCUAAUGCUAUUUAAAUCAGUCAAUGUCUCUUAUAAACUGUUCACUUAUUUAUAAGUUACCUCCUAAAAGAUCUGUGACAGGUGAUCAAUCGAAAAAAAUAUUUCCAUGAUUUGUUAGGAUUUAGAAAAAUGAGUUGUGAUUAAUCUGCAUAUAUCCGGACAAUUGUAUUUUGUUGAUUUAGAUAUAUGGACAGAAGUAUAUUUCUCCUGCACCUGUGUAAACUUUGGGGUCAACAUCCAAUCCUACACUUGUACCUUUGCAUUCUUUAGCUGUUUACACAGGUCUCCUCCCCAAAGACCACCACGGGACUUGAGCUGCCUUCUGGUGGUCAUGUAAGCUGUCGAUACUGCACACCAAGUGGUAAGCUGUCUAGCGCUUCUGUAUUCAUUGAGAUGGAGAUGUCGUAUAUGGUGAAUCCACAAACUGGGUAUGUUAACAAGCUUAAGGAACGGGCAAAGAUUUCUACACCAAGAUUCUCAUAUUUACCCCAGAGCGGGAUUUUACAUGGAUGAGGCUCAUUGCUGAUAAGUGCGGUGCGGUGCUGUGUUGUGCUCAUGUGCGACCCGGCGCACAUCAGCAGGCUUGUCACCACGAUGGUAAAUAACUACCAGCAUGGAACAUUUAUUUAUCUUGUAUGUGUAAUGUAGCAGAAUCUCUUAUUAAUACAAUCAAAAUUAGUUGCUAGAAUUGUUUUGCUUCUAGUUGCCCUGGAAACUCAUUGCAAAAGAGCUUCAAUCUUUUUGCCUUCUUAGUCACUUGGCCAUCUAGUAAGGCAUGUCUGUUUAAAUCAUUGAAUGUCACAAUGCAACCUUUCCUUGUUUCAGGUUUUUAGGGUGACAAAUAUGUAUAUGUUUUUGUGUACGUUGAUUAGGUUGAUACUAUAGUUCUGAUGAAACUAUUUUGCAGGUAUCAUAUUCAAACUGAGUUUGAACUUAGUUUAUCAAAGAUCAUUCUGAUUUUCAGAAUAACAAAGGUAACAUUUUGAGGUAUGUUUACAUGAGCAUGAUAUAACUACAAAAUUAUAUUUUCCACUAGUCCGGACAGGCUGAUUCUUAAGUUGGAUCAUUUCCAUAGCAAAAUUAUUGGGCUAUUUAUGGUUUUUUCCUCUGGUGAUGGAAAUCAUUCUGAUGGACUAAGUAAUCAGCAUUUCUUGUUGUUAUCAACUGCAGUGUCUUGUUAAUUUUUACACCUUUUAGAAACUGCACUCUCCAAGGGGCAUAUACACAAGAUAAUAUCACAAGAUAACUAUUUCUUAAGCAGAUUUAUUGGUACCAUUUUCAUAUGGCUUGUUGAGAAUUGAGAUAGUUUCCGAACUUUGAGAAAGUUGACUGUGAAUACCAUAACGAUACAUUUAUAAAUAGAUAGAGUAACUUUUGUUACAGUUGUCGUAAAUCUCUUUGUUGCAUUUUUCAUGUUUUACAUGCUAUCUCGCUUGGGAAUGCAAGCAAGCCAGCCUGCAAGAGGGUUCAACGCUGGCUUGCUUGCAUAUUCUUAUGCUUCGUUACCCUCUAGAAUUGUUUUAUUUCCCUAAUAUGGGCUCCCCAGCUAAUGAAAAGAAACUCCAGAAUAAUAUGGGCUCCCCAAAUAAUGAAAAGAAACUCCAGAAAGGUCUUCUAUGUUGCUGGUGCUGCUUAAUUUGGCAAGUUCAAUGUUCUUAACGUCCAUAUUAUAAUGACAAUAUUGUUCCAUGCUCCACUGAUACAAUUUUCUUAUUCCUACAAGGUAGUCAUACUUUGGUUCCUGAGCAUUUGCUGUCUAUUGAUGGUUUGAAUCUUGUUGCUUUUGCAGGAAUGCCGUAGUCUCUUUAACCACUGCGAUGUGGUUACAUCAACUAACAAGAAUCUAACAGGUCCUAGAGGUGGUACAAUAUUUUUCAGGAGAGGAAAAAAUUAAGGAAGAGGACUGUUCUUUUUUCUCAAGGGGAUGAAAAUGAAUUGUGACUUUCAGGACAGGAUAAAUUUUGUUGUUUUCCAUUCAAAACAACUAUGCCAGGACGGGAGGUCCCCAUGGUAUAUAUUGCUUCCUUGGUGAUAACUCUGAAGCAAGUUGCAACACCUGAAUAUAAAGCAUAGAUUCAACAAGUUAAGAAAAAUGCAAAAGUUUUGGCAACAGCUUUGCUUAGAAGAAAAUGCAGAAUUGUUACUAUUUUAGAUGAUGGAAAAUGAUUAGUACAUGCCGACUGCUGGGCGAUGGCACAGAUAACCACUACUUUGGGAUUUAAGAACUUCAGGCCUAACCGGUAUAAUUGUGCCUACCAUUUUCUUAAUUAAUUUAUUUUUUAAUC